UAUAUCAGCUGUCAGUUGGGGAUAUUAGAGCAGCUCAGUUAUCCUUUUAAAUGACACGGCUGAGUGAGCGCAACGGAGAUGUAUGAUGACAUGUAUAAUACGUACGUGUAAGCAGAAAACUGGUUAGAGUCUGCACAGCGCCUAUGGUAAGCUCACCAAUUUUUUAAGGGUUGGAAACCUAGUGUUUUGCUAGCUUUUUUUUUACCAUUUUUAUCUGGCAGUGCAAUUACAUAUAUUUCCUUCAAUUAAUAGUACGUGUGUGAGUUUUCCAUUAUAGCAUUUAAUAUCUAGAACGAAAAAAGAAAUCUUCGGAUGCAAUUACAUCAGCAGCAGAAACAGAAGAACAAUUUUGUUUGAUUGUUUUCUCUUAUGAAGGAAUUCCACCGGCGAGGGUUUUUAUAUAUCCCUUCAUAUUACAUUAUCAUUAGACAUAUUUUUAAAAUUUAAAAUGAACAAAAGGACAUUUUCAAACCUUUUAAGUAAGGAGAAGGCAAGUUUUAAUGCUUCAGUUGCGAAAUUUCGCAAAUUGAAUGAAAGUAGUAAUAUUUCAAAAAGCGAUAAUAUACCAUCCACAAGCAGGACAGCAGUUUCUAAAUUCAUUUUCUGUGAUGUAUCAGAUAAUUUUAAAGAAGCAACUAAUUUUGAAAUUGAAGAGGAACUGGAGUAUGGUAGUGAUAAGGAAUUUUUGCCAGAAUCCCCCUCCUCGGAUACUAUUAAUGCAAAAGAGCGAGACGAAGGAGAAAUGAGCGAACCCAAUAAAAAUGCAAAUACUGCGAUGGUACUGCAACAAAUUUUGGACACCCUUGAUAGGAUGGAAUCUGGGCAAGAGGAAAUAAUAAAACGACUUUCAGCGGUAGAAAAUGCUCUUACUGAAAAGAUGCCCGAACGUGCUGAGGUGCAAGCGCAAAGCCAAUUGUUGCGAGAAUUUAAGGUGCUCUCAGAAAAAACCCACCGCAGUGUAAGCCGCAUCACUGGCGACGUGGUGAGUGAGGAACACCUUUUAUUACUAAGCUUGCUCCCCAUGUCGUCAGAGGAAACAGUGUUGAAGGUGGAGGAACACCUUACAGACAAAGCUCACGCCGACGCUAUGGCGGCGAUUAUCCUCAACCUAAAAUCUACCAAGAAGUCGAUUGAAAAGGUGUUGCGGUCACUAUUUAGCGACGAGUUGAUAUGGUUGUAUAACUGCGAUGGAAAGGCGGGCAAAAGGGCAUUAACAAAAUUAAAAAUAGUGGAUCUCACUUUCGCUGCAUUUGCAAGUAUGCAGAUUCAUAAAACUUCAGUUAUAAGGCGUUACGUAACUUUAAGUCACAAUAGAUAUAAACAUAUUAGGCGUUAUGUGGAAAAAGCUCUUACUAAAAAGAAACCCGAAGGUGCUGAGGUGCAAGCGCGAAGACAAUUGUUGCGGGAAUGUAAGGUGCCCUCAGGAAAAACCCACCGCAGUGUAAGCCGCAUCACUGGCGAUGUGGUGGAUGACGAGCAGCUUAAUGUGGAAAAUGCUCUUACUGAAAAGAAACCCGAAAGUGCUGAGGUGCAAGCGCGAAGCCAAUUGCUGCAGGAAUGUAAGGUGCCCCCAGUAAAAACUCACCGCAGUGUAAGCCGUAUCACUGGCGAUGUGGUGGAUGACGAGCAGCUUAAUGUGGAAAAUGCUCUUACUGAAAAGAAACCCGAAAAUGCUGAGGUGCAAGCGCGAAGCCCAUUAUUGCGGGAAUGUAAGGUGCCAGUAAAAACUCACCGCAGUGUAAGCCGCAUCACUGGCGAUGUGGUGGAUGAGGAACAGCUUAAUGUGGAACUUACUGAAAAGAUGCCCGAAGGUGCUGAGGUGCAAGCGGAAAGCCAAUUGCUGCGGGAAUGUGAGGUGCUCUCAGAAAAAAACCACCGCAGCGUAAGUCGCAUCACUGGCUACAUGGUGAGUGAGGAACAGCUUCUAUUACUAAGCUUGCUCCCCAUGUCGUCAGAAGAAACAGUGUUGAAGGUGGAGGAGCACCUUACAAACAAAGCUUACGCUGACGCUAUGGUGGCGAUCAUCCUCAACCUAAAAUCUAUUAAGGGGUCGAUUGAAAUGGUGUUGCGGUCACUAUUUAGCGACGAGUUGAUAUGGUUGUAUAACUGCGAUGGAAAGGCGGGCAAAAGGGCAUUAACAAAAUUAAAAAUAGUGGGUAUCACUCUCGCUGCAUUUCCAAGUAUGGACAUUAAUAAAACUUCAAUUAUAAGGCGUUAUGUAGCUUUAAGUCACAAUAGAUAUAAACAUAUUAGGCGUAGUAUAAGAAGAAGUGAUGUUUUUUUUGAUUUAUCUGAUUAAUUUUGCGCAUUUAAUGCAUUUGUAUAGUAAAAUAUGUGGCUUAAUUAUUUUUAGCGUACUACAUAAAUAUUUAUGUUUUUUCUUCAUGAUAUCCUUUAUAUGUGCGCAAAUUUGAAUUUAUGAUUAAGAAAAAUUGUGUUAAAAAAACGAAUACGAAUCGCUUAACAACUCAUUAA